AUGAAUUGUUGGCGCCAAAACGUACGGUUUGUGCUCAAUAUCAAAAUUUCUUGUAGAACACACGUUGUAUAUUUUUCUGCCCAUCCAUCACAUGCUUCAAUCCUCAAAGAACUCAGAGAUACAAAGCCUCUGCAGCAAGUUCAUGCCCAGGUAACUGUGUCCAAUCUUUCCGACAAUGUUUUCCUCGGCAACAGGUUGAUGAAUGCGUAUGCUUCAUGCGGACUCAUAGAUCAAGCCCAGAUAAUAUUUUCUCAUAUUUCGAAUAAAAAUUUAGUUUCUUGGACAAUUCUGGUAUCCGGGCUCACGAAGAAUGGCCGUUUCUCGGAAGCUAUUGAGCUCUUUCAAGAGAUGGUGGUUCGAGAAAUUAGGCCUAACGAGGUAACGAUCGCGACUGUUUUGCCUGCUUUUGGCAAAUUAGGGGUGGCUCUGAUAGGGAAAUCAGUGCAUUGUUAUUGGAUCAGACACAAUUUUGGGUGUAAUGUUUUUGUGGAGACGGGUUUGGUUCAUAUGUACUCGAAAUUCGGAUGUUUGAAGAUCGCUCGGAAACUGUUUGAUAAUAUGCCUGAGAGAAACGUUGUCUCGUGGAAUGCAAUCAUUUCAGGUUACUCCGAGAAUGAAUUUGGGGAGGAAGCAUUAUCUAUGUUCAACGAGAUGAGGAGGAAAGGGUUUUCGGGAGAUAUUUUUACGCUUACGAGUUUGCUUAGUUCACCGGAUUUGAGAGUAGGAAGUGCAAUACACGGAUUGCUAAUCGGAACUGGAUACGAGAAUGAUGCACUAGUUAAAACCGCUUUGAUGGAGCUCUAUAUAAAUUGUGAUUUCGUUGACGAUGCUUACUCUAUAUUUAAGGAGAUCGAUAGGAAGGAUUUGGUUGCUUGGACUUUGAUGCUGAGAGGGUUUUCAAAGAGUGGCAAUUGGAGAAGAACCAUCGAACAUUUCAAUAACAUGAUGGGAGAAGAUGGAAUCAAGCUCGAUUCCGUUUCUUUGAUAACGAUCCUUUCAGGUUGCAGCUUUUCGGGAGCUUUGCAGCAGGGUAGACGUGUACACGCUCUCGUAAUAAAAACUGGUUUCCAAGCCGAUAUUUUUACCGGAUCAGCUCUAAUAGACAUGUACGCUAACUGUGCGAGUAUGGAAGAUGCAAAAACGUGUUUCGAACGUAUGGAAGAAAAAGACGUUGCAUGUUGGAACACAUUAAUAUCCGGUUAUGGCAUGAUUGGGUGUGGGAAUGAAGCAAUAGAGUUAUUUUCACAGAUGAAGAAUUCAGGUCUCGUUCCAGACGAGUCAACCUUUGUUUCGGUGUUAUGUUCUUGUAGUAACACUGGCCUUGUAGAUCUAGGACUACAAAUUUUCGAUCGUAUGCAAAAACUAUGGAACAUAAUUCCUAGUUCAAAGCACUACGCAUGUGUUAUAGACCUUCUUGGUCGGUCUGGACGAGUAAACGAGGCUUACUCGCUUAUGAAGAGGAUGCAUCUUCAACCAGGGGUUGAGAUUUUGAGUUCAUUGCUUACCGCUUGUAGAAUUUACAAGAAUCUUGAGGUGGGAAUCGAAAUAUCUCGGAAACUAUUUGAGUUGAAACCGAACGAUGCCGGGUAUUACGUAUUGCUAUCGAACAUGUAUGCUUUGGCUGGAGAUUGGGAUUGUGCAAGAACGAGUAGAACGUAUUUGAAAUCGAACAAUUUGAAGAAGAACCCUGGUGUUAGUUCUAUCGAAAUAAGUGGAGAAAUAUUCACGUUUAUGGCUAGUCAGAAAGAUCAUCUUUUCUACAUGGAGAUUAACGAGUUUUUAAAAGACUUGAUUUUUAAGAUAAAAUCGGAAGGGUAUGAGGUUGAUACAGAUUCUGUGUUCUUGGAUGUGUCGAACGAUGUGAAGAAAGAUAUUCUAUUUCACCACAGUGAGAAGCUGGCUAUUGCUUUUGGACUAAUGAGAACUAAACCCGGAACGGUUAUACGGAGACUGGUGGUGAAGAUUGAAUAUGGAGAAACGGAGAAAAACGGAAAUGGUGGUAUGUCGUUUUCUGUUACCUAUUUACUUCAUUUUCACAACUUUGAAGGAUUCUAA